AUGUGGAACUACUAUGAAGGGAAGUCAAUAUUGAUCACUGGCGGCUCCGGGUUUUUGGGUACAGCGAUAGUUCAUCGCCUACUCACAACUACAUCGAUUUCGCGAAUCUACUUGAUUUGCAGAGGGGGCACCGAAAAGCUUCGAAUGAGAUGGAAAGAAUGGCUACCCGAUGGCACAGGAGAUACACUAUGCGAUCCAAACCGUCUAAUCGUGCUUGAUGGCGAUAUUCUCCUACCAAACUUAGGCCUCUCGGAGCCCGAGUUGGAGGCUAUACGGAACACUGCCAACAUUAUCAUACACGCCGCCUCUUCUAUCAACUUAGCACAGCCAUUACAUCGCAUCAGCGGUACCAUCAUUGAAGCCACGGAGAUGAUGGCCAACAUUGCUUUUACAUGCAAGAUGCUAGACCGUUUCGUUUAUGUGUCCACGGCAUACGCAAACACAUAUCUCUACUCUCAUAGUAGCGAGCCGGAUGUGAGAGUCGACGAGGAGAUAUACGGAUUUCCGAGUGGAUGUGAUGCCCUAGAAGAGCUGGAUGAAGUGCGAAGCUACGGCACGAGCAUGGCGCAUGAAGCGGAGGACUUUCCCUGGCCCUACGCCUACGCUAAGAACCUCACAGAGAGACUUCUAUCGCGCCGAUUUAGUGGCUCUGAUGAAAAGCUACUCAUCGUUCGUCCUGCUAUUAUUGGACCGGCUCAAUCCCUUCCAUUUCCAGGAUAUAGCAUGCCCAUGUCUUCACCACCUACCAUGAUUGCCGCAACAUUACUCUUGUUUCCAUUCAGCAGAAUAAAAAUCGCCACACGCAUUGACAAUCCUGACUACGGGGUGACCGCAGACGAAGUACCCGUCGACGUGGUUGCCGAUCGUCUUCUGUGUCAUCUUGCCAUGGGCACCACCGGCUGCAUCCAUGCCGUAAGUGGUGCUAGGGCACGGGGUACAUUCGAACCAUGGCGGCAAUCACUCAUGAAGCUCCGCCGAAUUCCCUGGGAGCUGCGGCCUACCUGGGUGAAGGGAUACUGGAAAUCUCCAAAACAACACGCAAUAUCUCGAUUAUUUGCGAUUUUUGGAACAUCUUUUGACUUUUCGGAGGAGAAAACAAUUUCCAUGUAUCAGUAUAUGUCUGAAAAGGAUAAAGUAGAUCUGCAAUUAUUCAAGCAGAUCGAUGCAGUUGAUCAGGUUUCCGCCCGAGUCGAAGAUAUCCGCUACGUUAUGGAUCGUUUUGCCCGCAAAAGCUGGUGGGCGUGGUUGAUUCUUUUGUUGUUCUACUUUAAUUUUGGAAAAACAAGCCAAACCAGUCGAUAUGCAAAGAUAUAA